AAUGCCUUCCAAAUUACGAAACGUGAUCAUUUUUAUAUUAAUUAAAUAAUUUUAGUAAAUAAAGAUUUUUAAAAAUUAAAUAAAAUAAGCUUUAAAGUAUUCUCGUUAUAUGAUAUUAAUAGCUUAUUACAGCUGUUAUUACAAUACCUUUAAUUAAUAAGAUAUUAAAUAUCAUUAAAGAUAAAACCCGAAACUGAAAUACUGCGAAUAUGAAGUUUAAUAGUAUAUACGAAAUUUUAAACGUAGUGUCGCAAGAAAAGCAUUUUAAUGUGGGAAAAUAAAUAAAACUCGAUUAAAUAAUUAUAUCACUAGGAUUUUCGCAGCAAAGAAAUUAUAAAAGUAAUUCUCAUCUACAAACGCUGUGUGGCGCUCUAUCAAGUCAAGACUUGUCUUAUUAUGUGGUAGAAGCCUGUGACUAUAUACACAAAAUUGAAUUUUUACUUAUUUCUUAUACAUUUCUUUAAAACGAUACUGCCCGAAUAUCGUUUUUGGAUGCUUUAGAUUUAUCUGGAUUUAUGAUGAUACAGAAAAUUUUACUUGUAUGUGGAGUAUUAUUACUAAGAGAAAAGUCUAAUGGAGAAGUUUCAGAUUUGCCUGUUAUAAAACCAUUUAAUUUCCAAGGAAGAGUACCAUUACAACAAAAAGCAACUGCUAUGUGUUUUGUUUUGUUAUCAAGUGGACCUUUUAAAUUCCAGUGGUCCAAAGAUGGCAAACCAAUAUCUGAUAUAAAUGAGGCUAAAAUAAAUGAUAAUAAAGAAUAUUCUGUUAUCAUCAUCGAUCCUGUAAAAUUAACUAGUGAAGGAAAUUACACGUGUACCGUUAGUAAUCCUUCUGGUAGUAGCAGUUACACUGCAAAUUUUCUCGUUGCUGGUAAGAUUUUAUACACUACUAACUACUUAUUUAUACUACUAACAUCAUUAAAGCAUAAUUAUUUCAAUAAUAAUCUGUUUAUUACCUUAGCAUCACCCCAAUGGCAAGAAGAACCACAAGAUGUAUCUUCUAUCAAAGGUGUUUUAAUUACAAUUCACUGUUCUGUUACGGGUUCACCAAUGCCUAAUAUUACCUGGAAAAAGAUUUCGAAUCCAUCUAGAGAAAUAAUAGAAGAGGUAUCUAAGGAUCGCGUACUUGCUAAUGGUACAUUGAUCAUAGAAGAAAUUUCAGAAAAAGAUGCUGGCAUUUACGAAUGCGAAGCAGACAAUGGUAUCCAACCAAAUAUUAAGAAACGCAUUACAAUAAAAAUUUACGGUAUGUAAUCGAUAAGUAGAUUUAAAAUAAAUUAUUUAUAAAUAUAUAACGUAUUUUAUUUUUAUGCUUGAUAUUAUUAUUAUAAAACUAAGAAUAAAAGUGAGUGUACAUAAAAAGCAAAAUCUUUGUUCGCUUGUUAUGACGAGACGAGGCGCUAUAACCGC